AUGGUCAUGGUUGAUGUAACCAAGACUAAUUUGCAAAAGUUAAGAGAUGAAGGAUGGGAUUCACAUAUGGAAAAAGUCACUUCUUUUAUGGCUAAAUAUGACAUUGAGGUUCCAAACAUGGAGGGGCAGUAUAUUGUUCCUGGGAGAAGAAUGUAUAGAGGUAAAGGUCCACAUGUGACUAAUAUUCAUAAUUUUAGAGUUGAAGUCUUCCUAAGUGUCAUUGAUCUUCAAUUACAAGAACUUGAAAAUCGAUUUCCCGAGGUAAGUAAGGAAUUACUUGUGUGUAUGUCUUGCUUUAAUCCUGCAAAUCGGUUUCAUUCUUUUGACAAAAGAAAGUUAGUUCAACUUGCCAAAUUUUAUCCCGAUGAAUUUUCAAGCUCUGAGUUAUUAUUUUUUGAACAUUCACUUGAAAAUUUCAUUGUUGAUGUUCGAAAUGAUGAGAGAUUUUGGAAUUUGAAAAGUCUAAGUGAACUUUCUACGAAACUUGUUGAGACGGGAAUGUUUGAAACUCAUGAUCGAGUCUACUUACUUUUGAAGUUAGUGUUGAUUAUUCCCGUUGCAACGGCAAGUGUAGAAAGAGUAUUUUCUGGAAUGACGCAAGUAAAAGAUAAAUUGCGUAAUAGCAUGGGAGAUCAAAUGUUGAAUGAUUGUUUGAUUACUCAUCUAGAAAGAGAUUUGUUUUACAAUGUUAGCAUGGAUGAUAUUGUACAUCAAUGGUUAGCCAACGUGGUCAUGGUGAAGAAGGAAAAUGUCCAGUGGAGGAUGUGUGUUGAUUUCACCGACCUCAACAAAGCCUGCCCGAAAGACUACUACCCGCUGCCACGAAUUGAUCAGCUUGUAGAUUCAACUAGUGGGCAUGCUCUGCUGAGGUUCAUGGAUGCCUUCUCAGGGUACCAUCAGAUCAGCUUGCACAACCCGAACAGACAAAAAACCACAUUCAUCACCGAAGGGGGAGUGUACAAUUACAUAGCUAUGCCCUUCAGGUUGAAGAAUGCUUGA